GCGCCUGUGUGCGGUAGGCCCUAUCGUAGAGGUAAUAGACCCAACUGCUACUAUGAGCCAAAUACUGUUUAAAUGAAUUUAAUGCUACUUUUCAGUCAUGCUAGCAGCUGCUUGCGGUCCUAAAACAACAUAAUUAUAUAGAGUCUAUAUAAUAGACUAGUAAUACUGCUACACGCAUGACAUUUAAUACAGAGGAAGUCCUAGAAAGUCUGAGUUUGUGAUUUAGAGAAAUAAUAUGGAUCUCAAUCUGUGCCUGUGCAUUCAUUUUCUCGACAGAAGAAACACUCCACUCGUUUAGAGAGGUACGCGCAACUUACUUCAGCAGCCCUCAAAAGGAGGUCAUCUGCUGAAGGUUCUUUGGCCCCACCCUCCAAACAAACCAAGCUGUGGGAGACUCGAAGAGUGUCCCAGGCAAGUGUGGAUAAAGUAGUCCUCGAAUUCGUUGUCCAAGGCUUGCACCCACCACCCAUUGUUCAGCAGCAGGGCUUCAUUGAUCUACUGCAACAUCUUCAGCCAAAUACAAAUGUCAUGACACGCAAUACUCUUGUAAACAAAGUCACAAAGGCCUCUGUUGAAAUGAAAACAAAACUGAAAGCUGCCCUUAGUGAAAUAGAGUUCAUAGCAACAACAACAGACUGCUGGACGGCACACCGUCGCAGUUUCAUUGGUGUCACUGCACACUGGUUUAACCCCCAGACCAUGCAGAGAUCCUGUGCUGCCCUGGCAUGCAAGCAACUUAAAGGGUCCCAUACCUUUUCUGCCCUGGCUGGUGCCCUAAAUGAUAUUCACACAGAAUUCAAUGUCAGAGAGAAGAUCGUUCGCACUACAACUGACAACGGAUCUAACUUCCUGAAAGCCUUCAGAGUUUAUGGGCAGAUGGACGAGAAGAACGACAAUCCUGCAUCUGUUGGAGAGGGUGAUGGAGAAGAGGAUGAUGGUGGCCAAAAUGAUGAUUACGAUGAAGAAGAGGAAAGCGUUGAGGGUGUUGAAUUUGUUGAUGCCGGAGCCCUGUUGGACAAAGAUGACUACUUGGAAUACCAGCUACCCAAACACCAUCGCUGCGCAUGCCACCUCCUCAAUUUGGUGUCCACAGUUGAUGCUUCAAAAGCAGAGGUCAACCCAUUGUACAAGCGUGUGUCAAGGUCCACAUUUGCCAAAUGCUCUAGCCUUUGGACCAAAAGUUCAAGAUCAAUCACUGCAUCUGAAGUAAUUGAAGAGCACUGUAAACUCCAACUCAUAAGGCCUGUUGCUACAAGGUGGAAUUCAUUCUUCUCAGCCGUAGAAAGAAUAGUGAGAAUAACAAGAGAACAAGGUGAAGGAGCCCUUGCAGCUGUCUGCAGUGAACUAGAUACACCUAAGUUUACUCCAGUGGAACUUGGAUUCCUUGCAGAAUAUGUGAAGACAAUGAGCCCAGUUGCAAGGGCACUGGAUGUUCUUCAGGGAGAAACCAGUGUGCAGAUGGGAUGGUUGGUCCCCACCAUAACUCUACUAAAGACCAAGCUCCAGCACCUUCACAGCGCCUCCAGGUUCUGUGAACCUUUGAUUGCUGCACUUCUUUCAGGCCUUGAAAAACGCUUUGGCGAGAUGCUUGCAGAUCCAGAGCUGAUAGCUGCAGCCAUUCUAGUUCCUAAAUUUAGGACCUGCUGGACAAGUGAUGAAAAUAUCCUCAAAGUUGGCCUUGACUAUAUCAGAGGCCACUUGGACUGUCGGGCCGAGUAUCACAUCACUGAAGGCUCCCAAUCAUCUGAGGAAGAGGACUUCUUCUCCUCCUUGAAGAAGACCGGCCCUCUUGAAACGGCCCAGCAGUUGGAUACGUACCUGGGGUGCCCAGGAGACACAGUAGAGGUACUGAAGUCCUUCCCAGCUGUGUUCCAGCUAUCACUUAAGCUUAAUACGGCACUCCCUGCCUCAGCAGCCUGUGAAAGACUGUUUAGUGUUGCAGGUCUCAUCUUCAGGCCAAGAAGGGCAAGCAUUGGCUCAAAGAACUUUGAGAAUCAGCUGCUUUUGCGGCUUAACAAAGGUUAUUGGUAAUUCUUUGUUGCAUGUUCUGCACUUAACUGAUGUAGAUCCUGAGUACAAAAUGUUUGUUAGAUAGAUUUGAGCAUAGUACAUACUAUCAGGAAGGUAUUAGGAUUGAGUUAUUUAUUUUUUAAUAAAUCACUUGGAUUAAUCAUUCAUUUUGACAGCACAUGUUUAUUGUGUAUUGACAACCAUACAAGGGUAAUUGUUACUAAUCCUGCCCUGGUACACCAAUUUUCUCAUCCAUUGCCCUCACAGAUUCCUACAGCUAAGCUUGGAUGUACAUUUACAUUAAUGUAUAGGUUAUUGAUGACGUGACUCUGAUUUUUGACUUUUGCACCAUUAGAAUACUUAUACGUAACUAACUAGUCAUCAUAUCUUCUGCUCCAUGAAACACAUGUUAAUGCUCAGGAGUACACAUAUAUUCUUUAUCUUUAAUGUAUUUGCAUUGUACUAAAAUGCAUUUAUUUUCAAUGGGCAUAUAUGUGACUGAAAUGGUAGCCUAGUGCAUCUUACAUUUUUCAAUAUUAACAUUUUAAUAUAACAUUUGUCAUUACGGCCUUUAGAAAAAUAUUUUUUUGAGGAGGUGGGGUAUGGCACAAUAUGGUCCGUAUGACGUAAGCUUUUGGCAUUUUCCUUACAUUACUUCUACUUUUAUACUUUAAGUAGUUUUAAAACCAGUACUUUUAUACUUUUACUUGAGUAAAAAGCUUGAGUUGAUACUUCAACUUGUACAAAAGUCUUUUUAAACGCUAGUAUUUAUACUUCUACUUGAGUAAUGAAUGUGAAUACUUUUGA